UGUUAGCCAAUUUUACACUUAGCUCAUUCCCUCAGAUGCCAGCUCUACGGGAGGAGGUGCAAACUGCCAAGUCCACCAUCAAAUCUGAAACCUCGAGCCCUGCCUCGCCGCGGUCCCUUCGGCUAGAGCAGGUGCAGACGGGGGCGCUGUGCGCGGCCAGCCCCGAGGACCUCAGGGACACCCGCAACUCGACGGACUCUCAGCACGGCCCCGGGGGCAACCCCAGCAUCAACAGCAGCCAGGACUCCAUGGACAAAGCCCCAAAGAAGAAGGGCAUCAGGUGCUCCAUCGGCCGCUUGUUUGGCAAGAAGGAAAGGGGCCGGCCUGGACACCCCGGCAAGGAGGCCUUAGGACCAGGCAGGAUCUUUACCACUAGAGCCACCUGGAAAGCCCCAAUGAACACUGACAACUAGAAAAUGCAGAAAAUAAGGGCUGCUCCUAAUUUAAACUGGAAGAGCAGCAAGUACAGG